AUGACCGAAGUCAGCUCGAUCACCAGCAGCAAGGAUCGCGAUGUGCCCACGUACAUGGGUCUCAAGGGCUCCAAGCUCAAUACUGCAAUCACCACGCUAUGUGGUGUUGGUUUCCUCUUGUUCGGUUACGACCAGGGCGUCAUGGGGUCGCUUCUAACAUUAAAAUCAUUCAGAGAUACGUUCCCUGGAAUCGACACCGUUGAGAACGACGACUUACAUCAUUCCACCAUUCAAGGUGUCACCGUGGGUAUUUACGAAGUUGGGUGUCUCACGGGUGCUCUCUCCACCAUGUACUUGGGUGACAAGUAUGGUCGUUUAUGGAUGAUUUUCUCCGGCUGUGUGAUCAUGAUCAUUGGAGCUAUUUUGCAGACGGCCUCUACGGGUGUUGCGUUUUUGAUCGUGGCGAGAAUCAUUUCAGGGUUGGGCAAUGGGUUGCUUACCGCAACGGUUCCUCUAUACGCAGCUGAGUGCUCAAAAGCAAAAAGUCGAGGUAAGUCCCUUUGUAUCCAUGGUUCAUUGAUCACAUUCGGUAUUUGUAUUUCGUACUGGAUCGAUUUUGCUUUCUACUUCACAGAAAAGUUCGGCGAGGUGUCCUGGAGAUUCCCCAUCGCCUUCCAGCUUGUGUUUCCUCUCUCUAUGGUGGCCCUCAUUUGGAAAUUCCCUGAAUCGCCUAGAUGGCUCAUGGGUCAGUCUCGGCCAGAGGACGCCGCAAAGGUUUUUGCCUCUUUGUACGAUAAGUCCCCAGACCACCCUUUCAUCAAGCAGUUGAUUGAGGAUAUCAGGGUGUCCUUGCACGCAGAAGAGAAGGUGGGCGGUAACAAGUUCAGUCUUAAAAAUCUUAUGAAACAAGGAGAUCGCAAAAACUUCCAUAGAGUGAACUUGGCAGCGUGGUCUCAGGUGAUGCAGCAAAUCUGUGGUAUCAACUUGAUUACCUACUACGCUGGUACCAUUUUUGAAAGUUACAUAGGUAUGGAGCCCUUGGAGCUGAGAAUCUUGGCUGCUUGUAAUGGUACUGAGUACUUUUUGGCUUCACUUAUCCCAAUCUUUGUUAUCGAGAAAGUUGGAAGAAGGAAGUUGUUUUUGUUUGGUACAAUUGGGCAGUGCUUAACCAUGCUUUUCCUUUACGUUUCCAUGGAGAUGGCGAAGCAAAACAAGCCUGGUGCUCCAAUUGGUGCCGCGGUUUUGUUGUUUGUGUUCAACACUUUCUUCGGGAUGUCCCUCUUGUCGCUCACCUGGUUAUACCCACCUGAGGUAUCUUCGUUGGAGGUCAGAGCACCAACUACAGCUAUUUCCACAGCCUGCAAUUGGGGUUUCAACUUUAUGGUGGUGAUGAUUACACCCAUUAGUUUCAACAGUAUUGAUCACCACACAUACCUUAUUUUCUUUGGUAUUAACUUCUGCAUGAUACCAGUUUUCUACUUCUUGUACCCAGAGACAAAGGGAAGAUCUUUGGAGGAGGUCGAUUUGAUUUUCGCAGAGACUCCAACCUGGAAGCCCUGGAAGGCCGUCCAUAUUGCUGCAACCAUGCCAUUCCUUCACGAGGAAGACAAAACCUCCGAUAUGGAGAAAUUUAAAGGAAGCUUUGAGCUUGUGGAGAAUGGUGACGACUCGUCUAAAAACACGUAG